UUGAGGCUGAGAAAAAGACAAGCAAUUGCUAGUUUAUCUUUGUAGUGGAAAGCAAAAACAACCCCUCAAAACUUGCCUCCAGUUUGCCUGAAAAGAGCCAAAAGAAUCAUCCUUGUAGUAAAAGUGAAUGUGACAAUCAGACAGGAUGUUAGCCACCAAAAAACACAGAUUUGUAAUUCUAAUACGUUGCAGUACUACAAAUCCCACAAUUCCCCGAAUAGAGACACUGAUGUAGGAAUUGUGGGAUUUGUAUUUGUCCAACAGCUGGAGUGCCAAACACUAGUGCUGACGCUGGGCUACGACUUAGAAACAGUCCCGUUUUGAGGAGACUUAUAAUGUCAAUAAGAAGAUCCGUGUAUAAGUCUAAUGGAGCGAGAACAGAGCGCACAGGUAAGUGCGUUGGACUGCAUCUGUGUGUGACUAUGAGCGAUGCAUUUGCUACCGAGAGAGACUGCCCUUCUGAAGAGGAAGAAGAUUUUAUGGCUGGAGGAGACUUAGGCGAAGGUUUUGGGAGAAAGCCAGGAGGCCUGUAUGAUGGAUCAGCGGAUCUCAUGGCAGAGACAUUUAAAAUAAGAAGGGCAUUGGACAAUCAGGGUCACUAUCAACUUGUGAAGAAGGGUGAUGAUUCUGGGACUGCAAGUUACUCUGUGUUAAGAAACAGUGUCUCUGAGGCCAAGAACACCCAUAAGUUUGGGCAUAUGGGAUACUCAAGGUGCAGACAAAAUAGUAUAGAUGCAAGUUCGGAAGUGUCCAAUGAAGACCUGAGGCAGCGGCUUCAAGAAUUAACAGAGGAGGUAGAUUUUUUAAGAAUAGAACUUGAGGCAUCUCAGAGGCAGCUUGAUGGAAAAGAUGAAGCGCUAAAGCUGUUACAAAGCAUGGCUAUGUUAGAUAAAGCCACAAGUCACACAAAGGAAAUGCUUCAAAAAGCUGAGCAGGAGCGGCGAACUUUGGAAAAGGAGAUCAGUGUUUUGGAGUGGGAAAUCCAGUUUGAUCAGGUCAGGCUUAAAAACCUAGAAGAAACUUGGAAAGAAAAAUACGAGAGAGUCCUCUGUGAAAAUGUCACAAUCAAAGAAACUCUAGAGUCACGCACAAAUGAAAUUAAGGCUCUCAAGUCUGAGAACACAAUUCUCAGUCAGCAGUGCCAGGAACUUCUCGCAAUGCUCGAUGUAAACCAGAAGAAAGUAUUUCAGGACAACAUGUCUCUAAGUAAAAGCAGUUUAACAGACAUCACAGCAGUCGAACUUGCAGUGCUUGGGGCCUGUACUUGCUGUGCUGGGGGACCCUGCUCGUGUGCCAAAAUGUCUGCUGCUACUCGCAAACAGCUGCAUCAACUCAGGCAGGAGCUUGAAGCAGAGAAGAAGAGUAAAGAAGAAGCAUAUAUAAUGGCGGAUGGUUUCCGAAUUGCCUUUGAGCAGCAGUUGAAGCGUAGAAAUGAUGUGGGUUUUCAGCUUGAUGAUAUGGAAAAGCUCUGUAGAAAGGGAAACAAAAGGUUACCCAAUUGGAAGCUCCUUAAAGAAAAUGGACAUCUGUUUUCAAGAGAAAGUUACAAAGGCUUAGGACAGAAAUUAAAGAGCAUGCUAAUUUCACCUGCUGACUGUAAAAAUGUAGAAUGCCUGGAUGAACCACAAGAGAUCCUCAAGAUACUAAUAGAUUCGCUAAACGAUAAAGAAGAGGCAUUAGCUCAUCAAAGGAAAGUGAGCUAUAUGCUUGCACGGACCAUGGAAGAAAAGGUAGAUCCAGUAACAAUCCCAAAGUGCGAUGCUGAAAGAGAUGUUUAUGCAAAUAAUUCACAACUGAACAGUUUAGAUAAAAGACUGACAACUGACUGUUCCACGUUUAUUACACCUGGCUCUGUGGAUUCAGCUGAGAGCAACAUAUCAUUGGAGGAUUCCAAAAGGACCACUGAAACCUUAUUUUCUUCCCUGCCAAAGAAAAAAACACCUAAACUUGCCUAUGAACAGACAGCAGAGUCAAGUGCUGAGAAUGAAGCACAGCCAGCUGGAGAGGAGCACACUGACACAUAAAAGAAAUACUAGAGCUAUAGAUUAGAGAGCUUAUAAUUAAUGAUAUUUGUUGUGUUUGCUAUACAAUUCUGAGAGCGCUGCCUGAUGAACAGGCUUACAGUAUAUGCAUAAGCGUAGUAAACCAGUUUGGCCAGUAUAUUGAAAUAUUGUACAUUGCCAUUUUAAAAUGUUUGUAAAAUGUUUGUACUUAAAUUUGUAUUUAUUUUUGUUUUUAAAAUUCUCAUUCAGGUAAGCUCAGGUUUGCUACAAAAUGACUCAAAAUUAGCAAAUAAUUGUCUGUUCUGGGAAUGAGGUUUAAGGUCAUAUUGCAUGUCUAUAGAAUCAGACACACUGGAAGGCAUAUAUAUCUUAAGGUGGUCUGGGGGCAAGCUGGUGAGCCAUUGGGAUUCCACGAUUGAAAGGUUCAUGGCAAUUUGUGUUGUGGUUUUCACUCAUUCCUUUACCUUGCUCCAUAUACACUGUAUAUUACAAGCGAUUAUGUUUUGAGGAAUACUAAAAUAUAUAUACAUAUAUGUAAGUAUAAAAAUCUGAUCCUUAAAAGAA